AAACCCAUAUGAAACAAAAUGCAUAAAUUGAGCCGAAGUCUUGUCCUCUCGCUCUCUGACCAGUGUUGGGGAAGAGCAGCCUCUGGCUUAACGAGAGCGUCCGAGUCGAGGUGUGCAAAGCUACAUUACAACUUGUCCAAACUCAGGUAGAAACGCAGAAUGGCUGGUCUGAAGUAUCUGAGUGGCUUUGGCAAUGAAUUUACUUCUGAGGAUCCUCGCUGUCCUGGCGCCCUGCCUGAAGGACAGAACAAUCCCCAAAUAUGUCCAUAUGGACUGUAUUCUGAACAACUCUCUGGCUCUGCCUUCACAUGCCCAAGGGCAGCCAAUAAGAGAAGCUGGCUGUACCGCAUACUGCCUUCUGUCCGACACAAACCUUUCACUCCCCUGAGCUGUGGAAACCUUAGUGAUAACUGGAAUGAAGUAGAGCCUGACCCCAACCAGCUUCGAUGGAAGCCAUUUACCAUUACCAAAGCAUCGGAGAAGAAGGUGGAUUUUGUAUCGGGUUUGCGCACGCUCUGUGGUGCUGGGGAUGCGAAAUCCCGCAAUGGGAUAGCUGUGCACAUCUACACCUGCAACGCUUCCAUGCUGGAUAAGUGCUUCCAGAACUCAGAUGGUGAUUUUCUUAUUGUGCCGCAGCAAGGUGAAAUCCUGAUCACCACAGAGUUCGGAAAGAUGAUGGUGGAGCCAAAUGAGAUCUGUGUUCUUCAGCAAGGUAUGCGCUUCAGCGUGGAUGUGUUUGGGGAGACCAGGGGUUAUAUACUGGAGGUGUAUGGCACACAUUUUGAGCUGCCUGACCUGGGACCCAUAGGGGCUAAUGGACUAGCAAAUCCCCGGGACUUCCAGGUACCUGUGGCUUGGUUUGAAGACCGCACGGUUGGCACUACCUACACCGUCAUCAACAAGUACCAGGGAAAGCUGUUCUCAUGUCAACAGGAGUUCUCACCAUUUAACGUGGUGGCAUGGCAUGGAAACUACACACCCUACAAAUAUAACUUGGAGAAUUUCAUGGUUAUUAACUGUGUGGCGUUUGAUCAUGCAGAUCCCUCCAUUUUUACUGUGCUGACGGCAAAGUCCACACGGCCAGGGGUUGCCAUUGCUGACUUUGUUAUCUUUCCGCCUCGCUGGGGAGUUGCUGAACAUACAUUCCGACCCCCUUACUACCACAGGAACUGCAUGAGCGAGUUCAUGGGCUUGAUCAAAGGUCAAUACGAGGCAAAGGAAGAGGGAUUCCAGCCUGGAGGAGGGAGUCUCCACAGCAUAAUGACCCCACACGGCCCUGACGCUGACUGCUUUGACAAAAACAGCACAGCGAACCUCCAACCAGAGAGAGUUGCUGAAGGAACCAUGGCAUUCAUGUUCGAGUCAUCCUUCAGCAUGGCUGUCACCAAGUGGGGGCUUGAAACCUGCCAGCGUUUGGACAAGAACUACUACAAAUGCUGGGAACCUCUCAGGAAUCAUUUCAAUCCAAACUGGGCACCUGACAGAAAGUAGAAGAGGCCAUGGCUCAUGCCAUGAGGAACUGCAGUUGAAAGAUUUAUAGCUUGUAGAGUACAGCUGAGCUUCAAUAAAUGAACAGUACACCAGGAAUGCAAAACUAAACAUGCUGCUGGAACUAGAAAUUUACAAUAAUAAAUUUUAAAAGCUUAACCCUUCUCCCCAGCUGCAGUAAUACACACUGUUUCAACAAUAAAGGAUGUUUAUUUAUA